AUGCCGAACAUCAAAGUGUUCAGUGGAAGCUCGCAUCCUGAUCUAGCGCAAAAAAUCGUCGAUCGCCUGGGCAUCGAUCUCGGCAAGGUUGUAACCAAAAAAUUCAGUAACAUGGAAACGUGUGUGGAAAUAGGUGAAUCCGUUCGAGGGGAAGAUGUUUACAUUGUGCAAAGUGGCAGCGGUGAAAUAAACGACAACUUGAUGGAGCUCCUUAUUAUGAUCAACGCGUGUAAAAUAGCUUCGGCGUCCCGCGUCACCGCCGUUAUUCCGUGUUUCCCGUACGCGAGACAGGACAAAAAGGAUAAGAGCAGAGCUCCUAUUACCGCUAAACUUGUCGCCAAUAUCUUAUCAGUGUCGGGUGCAGACCACAUCAUUACGAUGGACCUUCACGCGUCUCAAAUACAAGGCUUCUUCGACAUACCCGUCGAUAACCUCUUCGCCGAACCCGCUGUCUUAAAGUGGAUCAAAGAGAAUAUACCUGAUUGGAAGACUAGUAUUGUAGUGUCUCCAGAUGCGGGUGGUGCUAAAAGAGUGACCUCCAUUGCCGAUAGACUCAAUGUGGAAUUCGCGCUUAUUCAUAAAGAAAGGAAAAAAGCUAAUGAAGUAGCUUCUAUGGUGUUGGUAGGUGAUGUGAAAGAUCGUACUGCCAUCCUUGUGGAUGACAUGGCAGACACCUGCGGUACUAUUUGCCAUGCAGCUGAAAAGUUAAUAGAGGCUGGAGCAACUAAGGUAUAUGCCAUUCUUACUCAUGGCAUUUUCUCAGGGCCAGCAAUAUCGCGCAUCAAUAAUGCUUGUUUGGAAGCAGUAGUGGUCACAAAUACAAUACCGCAAGAGAGGCACAUGCAGGAAUGCCCUAAAAUCCAGUGUAUUGAUGUUUCCAUGAUGUUAGCUGAGGCUGUACGACGUACCCACAAUGGUGAAUCCGUCUCAUAUCUAUUUUCUAAUGUUCCAUAU